AUGAGCGAUCAGGGCUUUCCCUGCGAAACCGCCCCGACCGGUCCGGCCGCGGACCCCAACCCAAGGUCGUCCGACAACAACCGGGCUCCAUUUGUGGGCGACGUGACGACUCCCGCGGGUGGGCGCGCUUGUCGAUUUUCCGGCACCGGAAAUUCCGAUUGCGGCUUGUUCUUAAAUCCCAAUCCCAAUCCCAGCAUCACCAAUGCGAGGAGGUUGUGCUGCUGCGUGCCAGCGGGGCAGGUGGACAACGAUCCCCACGUCCAUACGCUGAAAGGCGCGCACUACACGCUCUUGAAGAGUGGCAACUUCUUGGCAUGGAGUUUCUCCAAGGAUCCAGUGGAUUGGCACCUGUUGGCCGCAUACUCCGGUGCUAGUUCGCGGUUCACCACUCAGUCGCUUUUGCUCCUGGAAAAGCAGAGUGCACAGACUUUGGAGAUGACGGCGCGAGACUGUGUGUGGCAGACGAAAACGGAGAAUGGAUGGCGCAAAGUGCAGCCAGAGUUGCUGCUCCAGGGUGCUGCCAUCUUGGAUGCUUGGCAAAAACCGCAAAAACAAUGUUUCACACAUGCAGACAUGGGUGAAGGAACGAUACUGAAGAUUGGCAUGGCAUGUGAAUUUUGUGGAGUGGAACAGGCCAAGAGCCUUGUUCAGGAAUCUGAUGAAAGAAUCAAGGGGUUGGAAGGCUUAGCUCAAGAUGUGUACAGCCAGGCUUGUUCACGUAUUCAGGAGUUGCUUGGUGGUGUUGAGAGCCUUCAGCUAUCAAACCAGGGAUUUCAAAAGCAGAUCCAUCAAUUAAAUUCAGAAGUGGCCAAUGUUCGCGCUCAGUUGGAGCUUCAAAUUACUCGGAAUCACGAAUUGGGUAGCAGAGUUGAAUGCUCCGCCAACAUGUUAGACCACAAAGAGGGCGAAAUUUCACGACUGAUGGAUGAAAUCCACCAGCUGAAGGAUUCGGUCGACUCCCAGCGUUUGGUUUUGGAAGAAUCUCAAGCUCAGAACUUGUCCCUUUGUCAACGCUGUCAAGAUAUGGAGAUGAGUUUGGCUGCAGGAAGCGCCGCUCAACCAGUUGAUCAAUUCACGUCUGAUGCUCCACCUCCUCCGGCCUUUUCAGCGCAAUUGCUAUCCAUGAUGGAAGCUUUGCAAGAUCUUUCGACUCGUAUGUCAGCGGUUGAAGAUGCUCAAGGGAUUCAUGUCGAUCAAGUUCAGCAAGUUCGCAAGUUGGAAAGGACCAUUGAUGAGAUCAAGAGAAGCGAUGCUCAGUCGAUACAGCUGAAGGCUUGCCCCGAUCUAUCACCAACCACCUUGAAGUUGGGGACUUCCAGUGAGCUUGACGACAACAAGUUCGAGCUGCUUUCCAAGAACUUUCCGCACUGCCGGUGGUUUAGACGAGACGUGACCAAAGAGCGAAUGGGCAAGGACCUGCUGAAUAAGGUGAACCUGAAGAAGUCUGCAAAGUUCUUCCAGCGAAGUCAACCACAUGCUGCCAAAAUGAUCACUGUUCCCGGAAAGAUGAAUGCUUUGGACCUGUUGUCCUACUACCAUGACAACAAGUUGGCUUGCUUGAAUGUUUCCCAGCCCCAUGGCAAAUUCCUGGUGCUAUCCGAGAACAAGGAGGAGUCCCGCUUUCUGAUUGGGAGGGAGAUUCCAAAGCACGCAAAAGGGGCCGAGGAGAAGCCACAGCGAGAGAAGCCGAGAGCGACCAGCGAGAAGCCGCGAAGUACGACACAAAGCCGAGAGAAAGCCGAGAAGCCGAGGAAGCGUCGCAGCGCCAACAGCGUCGCAGCGUGGCUCCCGCGUCGCAGCGUCGCAGCGCCAACAGCGCCAACAGCGUCGCAGCGUCGCUCCCGCGUCGCAGCGUCGCAGCGUCGCAGCGCCAACAGCGUCGCAGCGUCGCUCCUGCGUCGCAGCAUCGCAGCGUCGCAGCGUCACUGGCCCAACGGCAGCGUCGCAGCGUCGCAGCGUCGCAGCGCCAACAGCGUCGCAGCGUCACUGGCCCAACGGCAGCGUCGCAGCGUCGCAGCGUCACAGUGUCGCCGGCCCCUGGCAGCGUCGCAGCGUCGCAGCGUCGCAGCGCCACCCGCCCCCCGGAGCGUCGCAGCGUCGCAGCGUCGCAGCGCCACCCGCGCCCGGGAGCGUCACAGCGCAACGUCGGAAACCCACGCUUCGGCCCCCUUUGCCCCUGCACUGAAGAAUUCUGCCUUCACAAAGUUAAGUUUGUGA